AUGCGCGGUGGCAGUAACUUGGUCGACCUCCCCGACGAAAUCCUACACCUGAUAUUGUUAUACAUCGACCCGCCGACCCCAUGCGUGGCUCUCGAGCGCACCUCCCGCCGAUUUCGCAACGUCACAAACGAGCCCUUGCUAUGGCGGCAUUAUUGCAAAGUCGCAUUCCGCUACUGGGACAGCAGACAUGAGAUUGACGCAAAACUAAAACAGCCGCCCUCGGCCGUGGGCUGGAAGCAGUUGUUUGCCCAAAGGUGUGCCACCGACAGAGAGACCACGCGCGUCUUGGAUGAUAUACUCUCGAACCGCGUCGGGCGUAUCAGAAAAGCACAGGAUAUUUUGGAUCGGGGAUAUGAUGUGAAGGAUACGUUGAUGAGGCAUUCGAUUGCUAGUUUGGACUUGGAUGAUUGGCUAGCUAGAAGAUACUUCAGCAAUCAGAUACUAGGCUGCCUCCGACGAAGCAUAGCUAUAGCUGAGUGGGCUAAAUUGAGGGAUGGUGAGGCUGUAUCACUGGAACGUGCCUUGGGAGCUUUUGAUCUCUUUGUUCCCCAGUGCGAGAUAAACUCUCUAGAGGAGAUUAGUGACAUGCUCAACGCUAUAGUUGGGAAUCUAUCGCACGAGAACCCGCACAUCGUAGAUUCAACGCCGCGCCAGAAGGCGCUCAUCAUCGCAUCUUACCUGCUCGCAAAUAACUAUACGGGGAUUCAGACUGGCAGGGAGUAUCAUAGCAUUGAGCACAGCUUUCUUGGACUGGCUCUUCGUGAUCCGGAUCAUAACUCGUUACCUCUGAUAUCGGCGGCAAUCUUUUGCUAUGUGGCGCAAAGAUUUGGUCUCAACGCACAGCCGUGCGGGUUUCCAUUUCACGUACACGCCAUUGUUUUACCUCCUGCAGGGCUUGACAUGGAUGGUAAUGAGUUGACCGACGAGGGCGAUGGCGCGCCGAUGUACAUGGAUCCAUUUCGAUCUGAGAACGAAGUUCCCGUGGCCGACUUACAGCGCCAAUUGAACCUUUUUGGAGGACCAACGGCAAAUCACUCCUCGUUUCUGGGACAAUCAUCAACAUCAGACAUUGUAAUGCGAUGUGGCAGGAACAUAUGGAAUUCGUUACAAACUCAACAACAGCACGCUGUGGAUUUCGCGGCCGAAACCCUGGACACUGACAGUGCUAGAUAUGCGGGCAUCUGGGCAUUGAUGUUGAGCACACCGCAGAUCUGGUUAAUGCAGAUCAGACGAUAUUUGCCGUUGUUUAUGGAACUUUUCUUCAAGGAGUUCCCAUGGGAUAUCUCUCUGGUCGAGCAGUACAUUCAAACCAUGUUUCAGGGGACGGUCGAGUAUGAAAAUGUGGCAGAGGGUCUGCGUGUUACGCGCACCGUCGACGAGAUGCCGAAACAGGUGCGCAGGCGCAAAGCCGAGCACAAAAACGUCAAGUACCGCGUGGGAGAAGUCUUCCAUCAUCGACGAUAUAACUACCGGGCAAUAAUCACGGGGUGGGACUCGGAAUGCGGAGCGGGAGAGGAAUGGAUGAGGAGGAUGGGCGUCGACCAGCUCCAGGCUGGAAGGAAGCAGAGUUUCUACCACGCGCUUGUCGAGGACCGCAGUGUGCGAUACGUUGCGGAGGAGAGCAUUGAGAUCAUCCGGCCGAGCAUGUCGGAGCUGCCGAGUCAGCUGUUGGCGAUUGCUGGGCUGCACUUCAAGCGAUGGAGCGAGGAGGAGCGGCGGUUUCUUGCUCACGGCCUCGACUCUCUCCCAUCUCGCACACUCUCGCAUGCGCUCCAGCCAACUCGCAUCUUCGCAAUGAAUAGCACGCUCUUUGCGCCGACUCCAGAGACCUACUGGGGCCACUUUGAGGAAGCUUCAAAGUACAAUGUCCAUCUCAACGUGUUCGAAAGGCUGUGGGUGGCCUGGUAUGCCUACAUGCAGAACGACGUCCUCGCCACCGGUAUCAUGUCGUUCGUGAUGCACGAGGUGGUGUAUUUCGGCCGAUCUCUUCCAUGGAUCAUUAUCGAUAGUCUGGGGUUGUUCAGAAAGUACAAGAUCCAAACUAACAAAGUUCCCUCGGCCAAGGAACAAUGGGAUUGCGCCAAGCUUGUGCUCUUGAGUCACUUUACCGUCGAGCUCCCUCAGAUUUGGUUGUUCCACCCCAUGGCUCAAUAUUUCGGCCUCUCUACCACCGUUCCUUUCCCAUCCCUCUGGACAAUGGCAUACCAGAUCGCUAUCUUCUUCGUUUUGGAGGACGCCUGGCACUACUUCUCUCACCGCGCUUUCCACUGGGGACCACUGUACAAACACGUCCAUAAGAUUCACCACCAAUACUCCGCUCCUUUCGGCUUGGCUGCAGAAUACGCCUCUCCGAUCGAAGUCAUGGCCCUUGGAUUCGGUACCGUCGGUUGCCCAAUCGUCUGGUGCGCCUAUACUGGGGACCUGCACAUUUUGACCAUGUACAUCUGGAUUGUUUUGCGAUUGUCCCAGGCCAUUGACGCUCACAGCGGCUAUGAGUUCCCAUGGAGUCUGCACCAUUUCUUGCCAUUCUGGGCUGGCGCUCACCACCACGACAUUCACCAUGAGAAAUUUGUUGGAAACUACUCCAGCAGCUUCCGCUGGUGGGACUACGUGCUCGACACCGAGUACACUCCCGAGUCAGUGAAACGGUGGCGCGAGAAGAAGUUGGAGAAGGCCCAAAAGAAGGCCAACUAG